CCUCCCGGGCUGAAGGUCCACGCCGCGCCUCCCUCCACUCCAUCAGACCCCUCGCCCCCUCGCUCCGUGGACAGGGCUUCUCGACGCCCCUGGGGACAGCAGCGCCAGCACCAUGGAUGCCUUCCGAGCAGCAGCUCUCUACCUGCUCUUUGUCUUCUUUGGGGAUUUACCGCGCCUCCACACCGCCGCCCUCCUCGGGAGAGGCAAGGAGACCCGCAGCCCUCGCGACGCACUCAAGACACCCAAGGCCCUGAAGGAGAUCAUGCUGGCAUCCUCGUGGAGCGCGCGCCACGCGCGCGGCGGCCCCAGGGACGCCGUGGUGCCCCACGACUACAUGGUGUCCAUCUACAGGACCUUCUCGGCGGCCGAGAAGCUGGGGCUCAACGCGAGCUUCUUCAGCUCGUCCAAGUCGGCCAACACCAUCACGAGCUUCGUGGACCGCGGGGAAGACGAUCUCUCGCACUCGCCGUUGCGACGACAGAAGUAUCUGUUUGACGUCUCGGCCCUUUCGGACAAAGAGGAGCUGGUGGGAGCGGAGCUCAGGAUAUUUAGGGAGGAGCCAGAGGAUUUUCCAGCGUCCCACGCGGGGCUGUACGGCCUUCGCCUAGUGUCCUGCGGAUCGGGGCGGCUCCUCGAUUCCAGAUCUCUUGAUCUCCAGGACGCUCGGAGGCCAGGAUGGGAGGUUUUGGACGUGUGGGAAGUAUUUAAGAACGGCCUCCACUCGGCCCACGGGGGGCAGCUUUGUUUCGAGCUCGAGGCCACUCUCGGCCAAUCGGAAGCGGACUUAAGGCACCUUGGACUUGACCGCAAUGGCCGCACCCAGCGGGAGAAGGCCAUCCUAGUGGUCUUCACCAGAUCAAGGAAGAGGGAGAACCUCUUCAACGAAAUGAACGAGAAGGUCAAGUCCCGCGGCUCGCAGAUGAAGGAGGAGCAGGGCGGCCCGGCGAAGGCCCGGCGCAGGCGGAGGACGGCGCUCAGCAACCGGCACGGGAAGCGGCACGGCAAGAAGUCCAAGUCGAGGUGCAGCAAGAAGGCGCUGCACGUCAACUUCAAGGACCUGGGCUGGGACGACUGGAUCAUCGCCCCCCUGGACUAUGAGGCGUACCACUGCGAGGGCGUGUGCGACUUCCCGUUGCGCUCGCACCUGGAGCCCACGAACCACGCCAUCAUCCAGACGUUGAUGAACUCGAUGGACCCCAACAGCACGCCGCCGAGCUGCUGCGUUCCCACCAAGCUGAGCCCCAUCAGCAUCCUCUACAUCGACUCCGGCAACAACGUCGUCUACAAGCAGUACGAAGACAUGGUGGUGGAGCAGUGCGGCUGCAGGUAGCGCUCCCGGCGUCCCGUCGUUUUUUUAAAAUCCCCGCGAGAACCGGAGGCGCGACGCUGAGACCACAGAACCAAAUGAGGCGCCGAGCGCUCCGGUCCAGUGUGAAGAAGGAGCCGUUGCGAGUCGCUUUUCAACCUUUGGCCGCACCGCGAAGGCCUCGUCGCCGCUCAAAAGGGAUCGUUACGUAUAACGCAUUAUCGUCAGUGUAUGCAAAUCGUAUUUA